UAAACCGUUCAGCAAAGAAAGAUUCAAGGCAUCAGGAAGGUCUCGACCACAGUCGUCUAUGGAUAAAUCAAUAUCCAAGGACAAAUCCAGGAUAUCAGGAAGAAUUUUGCCACAGUUAUCUACGGUGAGUACGAAGCCCCAGUGGCAGCAGGCAGCUCCGUCAUUCCACCUGAAUGUGAAGCAGGAUGAUGAGAUCCUAGAGCCUUUUACUGUCAAAAAUGAACAGUCCUAUGCUGAAUAUGUGGAACGCUUUGGGAAAAAAGGCAAAAUCUUCCACCAAGUUGAUAAUGCUGAGCCGUCUACCUCCAGGUCAAAGGCCAAGUCUCUUCAUGGGGAACGAGAAAACCUUAGAAGCGCACUUGUUAACGUCAUCCUGCAACAAGAGGUUGGUUCAGAAUCACCUAUCCCUGAAGAAAGCACAAUUUCACAAAGGAGCACUUCUGCAAUAGAGAAAGACAUCUUGAGGCAUUACUAUUAUAUCCACCAUGGAAUUGAUACAGACCACGUAGCCCCAAUGGAGGACUCCUGGCUAAAACACGUGCUGGACCUAGUUCCACAACACCUGAAAGUCCUCACAGACAGCAUAACUGUCCUAUCAGAUGAAAUGCGAGAAGAUUACCUGCUCAGUGUAAAGAAGUCAAUAGUUGAUUUUGUUCUGAGAGAUCCCAGAGAAAAAGAGGAUGACGCCAAACCACCUGACCUCCCACCCCAUCGUGCCGAAAUGGGAGUCCUGCCAAAGCCGUGGAGGAAGUCGUUCCUAGCUGCGAGUAGUUACAUUCGAGACCACCUGAAUGCCAUGAACCCCACGAUGCUGGCCGUGCUGGACCUGUGGCACACCACAUUCAAAAAAUUACGUUUAGUUGACACUGAAGAAUUCCACAACCGCCAGGAUGCGCUGGAGCUGUCAACCUUCCAGAACGUUAUCAUGAAGCACAUGGAGACAGCCAAAGAGAUUCUGCUUAAAACGUGGUUUCCAGAAGUGCAGAAUAUUUAUUACCAAGGUAAUAAAAAAAAGCAAUUGCCAACCAGUGACAACAGUGCCAAAUUGGAAUCUUUUUUCAACUGUGCUGCGACGCUCAUGACUUUACAGCUGCAGGACCUCGCUGUCGCCUCCAUGCAGGAUUUCACGGACCUGAUUGCACAGCCCCCAGAUUCUGUCAGAGCUUUUGAACACCCUGGGUUCAUCAUGAGGCUGAUUCUUGAUAAUGACACCAUUAAGUUUGAACCUGAAUUUGAUGAAUAUAUAGAUAUCCUUGUAAAUGUUUAUGAUGUCAUGAUUAAGGUUGUCAGCUUUGUGCCAAGAGUGGAGACAAAAUUGUAUUCCAAAUGGGAAAGCAAGUCUAAACCGACCACCUUGAAGCCCAUAAUUCCCGAUGAAAUCGUCAGUGCUCACAAGAACAAGAUCAGGGAGGUGGUGGAGCAAGAGCGCGUGGCCCCGACCCAGCACCUGCGGCUCUAUGACAAGUACGAUUUCUUAAUUUCCAAACAAGCUGAGCGAGACACUGAUGCAUUCCUUGAGGAAAAUCAUCACUACGAGAGAAUAAUAGAGGAAAUUCGUAAAUAUCAACAACUAAUAGAGGACAUACAGUACACGUCUAGAAAGAGUGUGCGCCUCGGAAUGUUUGAGAUACACUGUGAAGAGUUAAUCAGAGCUUUGGUGAAACGAGCCGACACAAUCUGUGGGAAACUGAUAGCAAAGAUGUACAGAGACCACCAGCAAGUAAACACAAGGUUAUGUGAAGAAUUUGAGAAGAUAGCUGAGAAAGCUCUCAGCACCCCUCCGAAUACAGCGGAACUAAUGGAAAUGAAGGCUUACAUUCAGAAAGUGGAGGCAACUGAGAUGGUUGAACUGGGACAGAGAUUAGUGGACUCCAAGAACUGCCUGGCCUUCCUCAUUGAGUGCACCAGCUUUUCUCCUGCGGACAUCAGGCUAAACAAUAGUGUUUUCCAGUGGUAUGGACGGAUGGGAGAGAUCUUCGAAGAGCACAGGAAAAUCAUCAAAGAGAAAACAGAACAGUACCAAGACGGCCUUAAGUUGCGGUGUGAGCGAUUUGUGGAGGAGCUGGAGAGCUAUGCCAAGCAGGCCCAGGAGUUCUACAGCUUCGGGGACCUGCAGGACGUGCAGCGCUACCUGAAGAAGGCACAGGCGCUGAACACCAAGCUGGAUGCGGCCGCAGACAAGAUCGUGCAAUUUAAUGCCGAAGAGGAGGCCUUUGGCUGGCUGCCAUCAAUAUAUCCUCAACGUAAAAAAAUCCAAGAUGGUUUGAACCCAUAUCUCCGUCUCUAUGAAACUGCUGUGGAAUUCAGCAACAAAUACAAAGCAUGGACAGAGGGGCCCUACCACAAGGUGAACCCAGACCAAGUGGAGGCGGAUGUCGGAAAUUACUGGCGAGGACUGUACAAGCUGGAGAAGACCUUCCAGGAUUCUCCAAAUGCCUUGGCAAUGACCAAGAAGGUCCGAUCCAAGGUGGAAGACUUCAAGCAGUACAUCCCCCUGGUCCAGGUCAUCUGCAACCCGGGCCUGCGGCCCCGGCACUGGGAGGCCAUGUCUGCCAUCGUGGGCUACCCGCUACAGCCGGCCGAUGACUCUACCGUCUUCUCCUUCAUCGACCUGAACCUGGAGCCCUACCUCGACAGGUUUGAGGGCAUCAGUGAAGCAGCCAGCAAGGAAUACUCUCUCGAGAAGGCCAUGGAGAAGAUGAUCACCGAGUGGGACGCGAUGGAGUUUGUCAUUCUUCCCUACAGAGAGAGUGGGACGUACAUAUUGUCGGCAGUUGAUGAAAUUCAGAUGCUGCUGGAUGACCACAUUGUCAAGACGCAGACCAUGCGGGGAUCUCCCUUCAUUAAGCCUUAUGAAAAACAAAUAAGGGAAUGGGAGGGCCAGCUGCUGCUGCUGCAGGAGAUCCUGGAUGAGUGGCUCAAGGUCCAGGCCACAUGGCUCUACCUGGAGCCCAUCUUCAGCUCCCCGGACAUCAUGUCUCAGAUGCCCGAGGAGGGCCGGCGCUUCACAACGGUGGACAAGACAUGGCGGGAUCUAAUGAAGAGUGUCAUGCAGAAUAAACACGUUCUGACAGUUGUAACGAUUGACAGAAUGCUGGAAAAGCUGAAAAAAAGUAAUGAGCUUUUGGAACUCAUUCUUAAAGGACUGAACGAAUAUUUGGAAAAGAAACGUCUCUUCUUUCCCAGAUUCUUUUUCCUGUCAAACGAUGAACUUCUCGAGAUACUAUCUGAGACUAAAGACCCCACUCGGGUGCAGCCUCACUUGAAGAAAUGCUUUGAAGGAAUUGCGAAGGUCGAGUUUACAGAAACGCUGGACAUUACGCACAUGAAGAGCAGCGAAGGCGAGGUGGUGGAGCUCAUGGAGAGCAUUUCCACCGCGAAAGCCCGGGGCCAAGUGGAGAAGUGGCUGGUUGAGCUGGAGAGAAUCAUGAUCAGCUCCAUCCACAAGGUAAUCCGAAGUGCGAUUCUGGCCUACAUGAACAACGAGCGGAUUCACUGGGUGCGGGAGUGGCCAGGCCAAGCUGUUCUCUGCGUGUCCCAGACCUUUUGGACAAGAGAAGUGCAGAUAGCCAUCCCGGCGGGGCUGCAGGCUCUUGAGCAGUACUUGGAAAAAUGUAACAGACAAAUCGAUGAUAUUGUCACUUUGGUCAGGGGCACACUGUCCAAGCAGAACCGAGUCACUCUGGGAGCCCUCGUGGUGCUGGACGUCCAUGCUAGAGAUGUGCUCGCGGCACUGGUCCAAAAGCGCAUCAGCCACGACACUGACUUCGAGUGGCUCAGCCAGCUUAGGUACUACUGGCAGGAGGAUCAGUUAGAAACAAAGAUGAUCAAUGCCGGUCUGCGAUAUGGCUAUGAGUAUCUGGGCAAUUCUCCCAGGCUGGUCAUUACCCCCCUCACUGAUCGGUGUUACAGAACCUUGUUCGGAGCCCUCCACCUGCACCUCGGAGGGGCGCCUGAGGGUCCAGCUGGCACAGGCAAGACCGAGACCACCAAGGACUUGGCCAAAGCCGUGGCCAAACAGUGUGUUGUGUUCAACUGCUCGGAUGGCUUGGAUUACCUGGCUUUAGGAAAAUUUUUUAAGGGACUGCUAUCUUGUGGAGCCUGGGCUUGCUUCGAUGAGUUUAACAGAAUUGAUUUGGAAGUGCUCUCUGUGGUUGCUCAACAAAUCCUUACCAUCCAGAGAGGCAUUAAUGCAGGUGCUGAUAUCCUAGUAUUUGAAGGAACAGAACUAAAACUUGACCCGACAUGCGCUGUCUUUAUAACUAUGAACCCUGGUUAUGCUGGGCGCUCGGAGCUGCCAGAUAACCUGAAGGCUCUCUUCCGGACAGUGGCCAUGAUGGUCCCCGACUAUGCCAUGAUUGCCGAAAUAGUCCUGUACUCCUGCGGGUUCGUCACUGCUCGGCCGCUCUCCGUGAAGAUCGUGGCCACCUACCGCUUGUGUUCAGAGCAGCUGUCCUCGCAACAUCACUACGACUACGGGAUGCGAGCCGUGAAGUCUGUGCUGACAGCCGCCGGGAAUCUAAAGCUGAAAUAUCCAAAUGAAAAUGAAGAAAUUUUGCUGCUUAGAUCUAUUAUUGAUGUGAAUCUGCCAAAAUUUUUAGCCCAUGAUUUACCACUCUUUGAGGGGAUUACUUCAGAUUUAUUUCCUGGGGUGAAAUUACCAAAACCAGAUUACAAUGAUUUACUGGCAGCUAUCAAAGACAAUUGCGUCUCCAUGAAUUUGCAAAUGACCAAGUUCUUCUCUGAGAAGAUUCUUCAAAUAUAUGAAAUGAUGAUUGUGCGUCACGGUUUUAUGAUCGUUGGAGAACCGUUUGGAGGGAAAACCAGUGCCUACCGUGUCUUGGCCGGCGCGCUGAAUGACAUAUGUGAGAAGGGGCUAAUGGAAGAAAACAAGGUUCAGAUAACGGUUUUGAACCCUAAGUCUGUCACCAUGGGGCAGCUGUACGGACAGUUCGACUUGGUGUCCCACGAGUGGUCGGACGGGAUCCUCGCCGUCAGCUUCAGGGCCUUUGCCUCGUCCCCGACUCCAGAUCGGAAGUGGUUGAUUUUUGACGGGCCAGUGGACGCCGUGUGGAUUGAAAAUAUGAAUACAGUCCUGGAUGACAACAAGAAACUCUGUCUGAUGAGCGGGGAGAUCAUCCAGAUGUCACCACAAAUGAAUCUGAUUUUCGAGCCAAUGGAUUUGGAAGUUGCUUCUCCUGCCACCGUCUCCAGGUGCGGUAUGAUUUACAUGGAACCGCACAUACUGGGCUGGAGGCCGCUGAUGCUGUCCUGGUUGAAUCUUUUACCUGCUUCGGUCAGCGCCAUUCAGAAGGAAUUCAUAACAGGCCUGUUUGACAGGAUGGUCCCUGUGUCUGUAGAGUUUAUUAGAAGGCACACAAAGGAAUUGUCUCCUACUACAGAUACAAAUCUGGUCCGAUCCUUAAUGAAUCUAAUAGACUGUUUCAUGGAUAUUUUUGUGGAUGAAGCCAAAGUAAAAGAGAGAAAUGAUCGAGAAGUUUACUCUCUGCUUGAGGGCAUUUUUCUUUUCUCAUUGAUCUGGUCCGUUGGUGCUUCUUGUACAGAUGAUGAUCGGAUGAAAUUUAAUAAGAUUCUCCGAGAACUCAUGGAUGGCCCGAUUUCAGAACUAACACGAAAUAGGUUCAAAUUGCAGAGCGGAGCAGAGCAGGUGUCCUCCAAGGCGCUGACCGUCCCGUUGCCCGAGAAAGGCACCAUUUAUGACUAUCAGUUUAUCACGGAGGGUGUGGGAAGGUGGGAACCGUGGAUAAAGAAGCUGGAAGACGCCCCUCCAAUUCCCAAAGACAUGCUGUUUAACGAAAUCAUCGUGCCAACCUUGGACACCAUUCGCUAUUCUGUACUGAUGAGUUUGCUAACCACGCAUCAAAAGCCUUUGAUAUUCGUAGGACCAACAGGGACCGGGAAGAGUUCUUACAUAACUAAUUUUCUUUUAAAUCACCUCCAUAAGGAAAUCUACAAGCCUCUGAUCAUCAACUUCUCAGCACAAACUACAGCAGCUCAAACCCAGAAUAUCAUUAUGUCAAAACUGGACAAAAGAAGAAAGGGAGUUUUUGGUCCUCCUUUGGGCAAGAUAAUGGUUGUCUUUGUAGAUGACGUCAACAUGCCUGCUCGGGAGGUCUACGGGGCUCAGCCUCCCAUCGAGUUGCUGAGGCAGUGGCUGGAUCACUGGAACUGGUACGACCUCAAAGACUGCUCCAUGAUUAAGCUGGUGGACAUGCAGCUCAUGUGCGCUAUGGGGCCUCCAGGUGGUGGCCGAAAUCCAGUGACACCUCGCUACAUGAGACAUUUCAAUAUCAUAACGAUCAAUGAAUUUAGUGAUAAGUCCAUGUUUGCAAUCUUCUCGAGGAUCCUGACCUGGCAUCUAAAAAUCUGUUAUAAAUUUCCAGAUGAAUUUCUAGAUUUGACUACGCAAAUUGUAUAUGGCACAAUGACCCUAUAUAAAGAAGCCAUGAAGAAUCUCUUGCCUACGCCCGCUAAAUCUCACUACUUGUUCAAUCUCCGGGAUUUCUCCCGUGUCAUUCAGGGGGUUUGUCUGUCAAGACCAGAGACGGCAGAAACCAAAGAAGUGAUGAAGCGUCUCUGGGUUCAUGAGGUCCUUAGAGUGUACUAUGAUCGCCUUCUGGAUAAUGCAGACAGAAGCUGGCUUGUCAACUACAUUCAAGAAAUUUUAAAAGACCACAUGAAUGAAGAUUUCCAUGAGCUUUUUAGAAGUUUGGAUUUUGAUAACGACGGCAUAGUACAAGAAGAUGACCUACGAAGCUUAAUGUUCUGUGAUUUCCAUGAUCCCAAGCGGGAAGAUACAAACUACAGGGAAGUGGCCAACGUGGAUAACCUCCGGGUGAUAGUGGAAAUGCACCUGGAGGAGUACAACAACAUGAGCAAGAAACCCAUGAACCUCGUCUUAUUCCGAUUCGCCAUAGAACACAUCAGCAGAAUCUCUCGGAUCUUGAAGCAGCCCCGCAGCCACGCUCUGCUGGUUGGCGUCGGGGGCAGUGGGAGGCAGUCUGUCACCCGGCUGGCUGCCCACAUGUGUGACUACUCUGUUUUCUAUGUUGAAAUCUCCAAGAGCUAUGGGAACAAUGAGUGGCGCGAAGAUUUAAAAGUGAUCUUAAGAAAAUGUGCCGAAGGAGACAUGCAGGGCGUCUUCCUUUUUACAGAUACUCAGAUUAAAAAAGAGACAUUUCUGGAAGAUGUGAAUAAUCUACUGAAUGCUGGGGAGGUUCCAAACCUCUUUGCAGUGGAUGAGAAGCAAGAGAUCUGUGAAAAAAUGCGUCAGUUAGAUCGCCAGCGGGACAAGACCAAGCAGACUGAUGGAAGCCCUGUGGCUCUUUUCAACAUGUUCAUUGAUCGCUGCCGCAACCAGCUGCACGUGGUGCUCGCCAUGAGCCCCAUCGGAGAUGCAUUUCGGAACCGUCUUAGGAAGUUCCCUGCUCUUGUCAACUGCUGUACCAUUGACUGGUUUCAGUCGUGGCCCGAGGACGCAUUGCAGGCAGUCGCCUCCCGCUUCUUGGAAGACAUUGAAAUGUCAGUGGAAAUACGCGAUGGCUGCAUCGACAUGUGUAAGAGCUUCCACACUUCGACUAUAAACUUAUCAACAUCCUUCUAUAAUGAGCUUCAGAGAUACAACUAUGUGACUCCCACCUCUUAUCUCGAAUUAAUCUCCACCUUCAAACUGUUGUUAGAAAAGAAAAGAAGUGAGGUGAUGAAAAUGAAGAAGAGGUAUGAGGUGGGCCUGGACAAGCUGGACUCCGCGUCCUCGCAGGUGGCCACCAUGCAGUUGGAGCUGGAGGCGCUGCAGCCCCAGCUACGGGUGGCCAGCAAGGAGGUGGAUGAGAUGAUGCUGAUCAUCGAGAAGGAGUCCAUCGAAGUCGCCAAAACGGAAAAAAUUGUGAAAGCUGACGAGAUCGUGGCCAACGAUCAGGCCAUGGCAGCCAAGGCCAUCAAAGACGAGUGCGAUGCGGACCUGGCUGGAGCACUGCCCAUCCUGGAGUCCGCGCUGUCCGCGCUGGACACCCUGACUGCACAGGAUAUCACCGUGGUGAAGUCCAUGAAGAGCCCUCCGGCGGGCGUGAAGCUCGUCAUGGAAGCGAUCUGCAUCUUGAAAGGCAUCAAAGCAGACAAAAUCCCUGACCCAACAGGUUCCGGGAAGAAAAUAGAGGAUUUCUGGGGCCCAGCUAAGAGGCUGCUUGGGGACAUCCGGUUCCUGCAGUCGCUGCAUGAGUAUGACAAGGACAACAUCCCUCCCGCGUACAUGAACAUCAUCAGAAAGAAUUACAUCCCCAAUCCCGAUUUUGUUCCAGAAAAGAUCAGAAACGCCUCCACAGCUGCGGAGGGGCUGUGCAAGUGGGUGAUCGCGAUGGACUCCUACGACAAAGUGGCAAAAAUUGUGGCUCCCAAAAAGAUCAAGCUAGCUUCUGCCGAGGCGGAGCUGAAGAUCGCCAUGGACGGGCUCCGGAAGAAGCAGGCGGCGCUACAGGCCGUGCAGGACAAGCUGGCCCGGCUGCAGGAUACGCUGGAGCUGAACAAACAGAAGAAGGCUGACCUAGAGAACCAGGUUGACUUGUGCAGCAAGAAGCUAGAACGGGCGGAGCAGCUGAUUGGAGGCCUGGGCGGAGAGAAGACCCGCUGGAGCCACUCGGCCCUGGAGCUGGGGCAGCUGUACAUCAACCUGACCGGCGACAUCCUCAUCUCCUCAGGGGUGGUGGCCUACCUGGGUGCCUUCACAUCCAACUACAGACAGAACCAAACCAAGGAGUGGACAAAUUUGUGCAAAGCAAGAGACAUACCCUGCUCUGAGGAGUACUCGCUGAUGAGCACCCUGGGAGAGGCGGUGACCAUUCGGACCUGGAACAUUGCCGGGCUACCUUCUGACUCCUUCUCCAUCGACAACGGGAUCAUCAUAGUGAACGCGAGGAGGUGGCCCCUGAUGAUCGACCCUCAAGGUCAGGCCAACAAGUGGGUGAAGAACAUGGAGAAAGCCAACAGCCUGCAGCUCAUUAAGCUAAGCGACCCCGACUACGUGAGGACUCUGGAAAACUGCAUCCAGUUUGGCACUCCCGUGCUGCUAGAGAAUGUUGGAGAAGAACUGGAUCCUAUCCUGGAGCCGCUUCUCCUGAAACAGACCUUCAAGCAGGGCGGGAGUCUGUGCAUCCGGCUUGGGGACACCAUCAUCGAGUAUGCGCCCGACUUCCGCUUCUAUAUCACCACAAAGCUGAGAAACCCUCAUUAUCUUCCCGAAACAUCAGUCAAGGUCACCUUAUUAAACUUCAUGAUCACCCCAGAGGGCAUGCAAGACCAGCUGCUGGGAAUCGUGGUGGCGCGUGAGAGGCCAGAUCUUGAGGAAGAAAAGCAGGCGUUGAUACUGCAGGGAGCUGAAAAUAAAAGGCAGUUAAAAGAAAUAGAAGACAAGAUUUUAGAAGUUCUUUCCUCUUCAGAAGGCAAUAUACUAGAAGAUGAAACUGCUAUUAAGAUCUUAUCUUCCUCCAAGGCCCUGGCUAACGAGAUUUCUCAGAAGCAGGAAGUAGCUGAAGACACAGAGAAAAAGAUCGACACCACCCGCAUGGGCUACCGCCCGAUCGCCGUGCACUCCUCCAUCCUGUUCUUCUCCAUCGCCGACCUGGCCAACAUCGAGCCCAUGUACCAGUAUUCGCUCACCUGGUUCAUUAACCUUUUCAUCCUGUCUAUUGAAAAUUCAGAGAAAUCAGAGCACUUGCCAGUAAGACUGCAGAUUCUCCGGGACCACUUCACCUACUCUCUGUACGUGAAUGUCUGCCGGUCACUCUUUGAGAAGGACAAGCUGCUUUUCUCCUUCUGCCUAACUGUGAACCUUCUCAUCCAUGACCACGUGAUCAACAAAGCUGAGUGGAGAUUUCUGCUGACUGGCGGCAUUGGGCUGGACAAUCCUUAUGCCAACCCUUGCACGUGGCUUCCUCAGAAGUCCUGGGACGAGAUCUGCCGCCUGGACGACCUGCCUGCCUUCAGAAGCAUUCGCAAGGAGUUCAUGCGCCUGAAGGACGGGUGGAAGAAAGUAUAUGACAGCUUGGAACCACACCACGAGGUUUUCCCGGAAGAGUGGGAAAAUAAAGCAAAUGAAUUUCAAAGGAUGCUCAUCAUUCGCUGCUUGAGGCCAGACAAGAUUAUUCCAAUGUUGCAGGAAUAUAUUAUCAACAAAUUGGGGCGUGCAUUCAUUGAGCCGCCCCCCUUUGACCUGUCCAAAGCGUUUGGGGACAGCCAUUGCUGCGCGCCCCUGAUCUUCGUGCUGUCUCCUGGGGCGGACCCCAUGGCCGCACUCCUCAGGUUUGCGGAUGACCAGGGGUACGGGGGAGCAAAACUUAGCUCUUUAUCUCUGGGCCAAGGCCAGGGGCCCAUCGCGAUGAAGAUGGUAGAGAAAGCCAUAAAGGAGGGCACCUGGGUGGUCCUGCAGAACUGUCACCUGGCUACCUCCUGGAUGCCGACCCUUGAGAAAGUCUGUGAGGAGUUGAGCCCAGAAUCAACGCACCCUGAUUUCCGAAUCUGGCUGACAAGCUACCCAUCCCCGAACUUCCCCGUGUCUGUGCUGCAGAACGGAGUCAAGAUGACCAACGAGGCGCCGAAAGGCCUACGAGCCAACAUCAUCCGCUCCUACCUCAUGGACCCCAUCUCUGACCCCGAGUUCUUCAGCAGCUGCAAGAAGCUGGAAGAAUUCAAGAAAUUGCUGUACGGCCUGUGCUUCUUUCAUGCUUUGGUCCAAGAGAGGCGCAAAUUUGGCCCCCUGGGCUGGAAUAUUCCGUACGAGUUCAAUGAGACUGACCUGCGUAUCAGUGUCCAGCAGCUGCACAUGUUUCUGAACCAGUAUGAGGACCUGCCCUUUGAUGCGCUGCGCUAUAUGACCGGGGAGUGCAACUAUGGAGGCCGGGUGACGGACGACUGGGACCGGCGCACGCUGCGCACCAUCCUGAACAAGUUCUUCUGCCCUGAGCUGGUGGCCAAGACAGACUACCAGUUUGACUCGAGUGGCAUCUACUUCGUGCCACCUGCCGGCGAUCACAAGAGCUACAUCGACUACACCAAGACCCUGCCGCUGAUGCCCGCACCAGAGGUCUUUGGGAUGAAUGCCAACGCGGACAUCACGAAAGACCAGGCGGAGACGCAGCUGCUGUUUGACAACAUUCUUCUCACACAGUCUCGUUCUGCAGGUACGGGGGCAAAGUCAUCAGAAGAAGUCGUGAACGAAGUGGCCAGUGACAUCCUGGGUAAACUUCCCAACAACUUUGACAUUGAGGCCGCAAUGAGGAGGUACCCGACGACGUACAAUCAGAGCAUGAACACCGUGCUGGUCCAGGAGAUGGGGCGGUUCAACAAGCUGCUCACAACCAUCAGAGACUCGUGCAUUAACAUUCAGAAAGCCAUCAAGGGGCUCGUGGUGAUGUCUACAGACCUUGAAGAAGUGGUGAGCAGCAUCCUGAAUGUCAAGAUUCCAGGGAUGUGGAUGGGGAAAUCCUACCCGAGCCUCAAACCCCUGGGCAGCUACGUGAACGACUUCCUUUCAAGACUCAAAUUCCUGCAGCAAUGGUACGAAGCAGGGCCGCCCCCCGUCUUCUGGCUGUCCGGCUUCUUCUUCACUCAAGCCUUCCUGACUGGCGCCCAGCAGAACUAUGCCAGGAGGCACACGAUUCCCAUCGACCUGCUCGGCUUCGACUAUGAAGUGAUGGAGGACAAAGAGUACAAACAAGGGCCUGAGGAUGGUGUCUACAUUCACGGAUUGUUUUUGGAUGGAGCUUCCUGGAACAGGAAGAUCAAGAAACUCACAGAAUCCUAUCCCAAAAUCCUGUACGACAUGGUGCCUGUGAUGUGGCUGAAGCCCUGCAGGCGGGCCGACAUCCCCAGGCGGCCAAGCUACCUCGCACCGCUGUACAAGACCAGUGAGCGGAGAGGGACGCUGUCCACCACGGGCCACUCCACCAACUUCGUGAUCGCCAUGACGCUCCCCUCCGACCACCCCGAGGAGCACUGGAUCGGGCGCGGCGUGGCGCUGCUGUGCCAGCUCAACUCCUGACACCGGCCACUUCCUGCCAGGCAGCGGGGUACACAGUGUUCUGUCCG